AUGAGAUGAGAAUCUCAAUAAAUUGCAACUUGACGCCGUAUGCUCUCUCGCGUCACAACACUCUCCUCAACCCUUUUUCAUUUCAUCUCCGAGCCUCAUUUCUCUCUCUCUAGAAAGCAGUAACAAUAAUAAUGUUGAGAUCGAUCCAAUCCUCUCUGAGACGAAGCACAACAGGUGCCUCAUCAACUCAUCUCCUACGUCGUUUCUACUCAUCGGACUCGGCUCCGGAGCGUAAGGUAGCCGUCUUGGGAGCUGCCGGCGGCAUCGGGCAGCCGCUUGCGCUGCUGAUGAAGCUGAACCCACUCGUCUCCAAGCUCUCCCUCUAUGAUAUCGCCGCAACCCCCGGCGUCGCCGCCGAUAUCAGCCACAUCAACACCAGAUCUGAGGUAAAUGGGUACAUGGGUGAGGAUCAGCUAGGUAAGGCUUUGGAGGGAUGUGAUAUUGUCAUCAUUCCGGCUGGUGUGCCAAGAAAACCUGGUAUGAAUCGCGAUGAUCUCUUUAACAUUAAUGCUGGCAUUGUCAAAUCACUGUGCACUGCGAUUGCCAAGUAUUGCCCUCAUGCACUUGUUAAUAUGAUAAGCAACCCUGUGAAUUCAACUGUACCAAUUGCUGCUGAGGUCUUUAAGAAAGCGGGGACGUAUGAUGAGAAGAAGCUGUUUGGUGUAACAAUGCUUGAUGUGGUUAGGGCCAAGACUUUCUAUGCUGAGAAGGCCAAAGUCCCAGUUGAGGGGGUUAAUGUGCCAGUUGUUGGAGGCCAUGCGGGCAUAACCAUUCUUCCAUUGUUUUCACAAGCCACACCGCAAGCCAAUAAUUUGUCUUAUGAAGAUAUUGAGGCUCUCACAAAGAGAACACAAGAUGGAGGGACAGAAGUGGUUGUAGCUAAGGCUGGAAUGGGUUCAGCUACACUCUCAAUGGCCUAUGCUGGAGCUAUUUUUGCCGAUGCUUGCUUGAAGGGUCUUAAUGGGGUUCCAGAUGUUGUAGAGUGUUCAUUUGUGCAGUCAUGCAUCACUGAACUGCCUUUCUUUGCUUCUAAGGUGAGGCUUGGGAAGAAUGGUGUGGAGGAAGUUUUGGACUUGGGCCCACUUUCAGACUAUGAAAAACAAGGAUUGGAAAGCCUCAAACCCGAGCUCAAAUCCUCUAUUGAGAAGGGAAUCAAGUUUGUCACCGAGAGUUGAUUGAAUAUUUGGUGGUGGGAUGUCGAUCCCCUUAUUGAGAACUCAUCAAUUUUUGAUCUUUGUUUGCCAUUGUUGUACCCUUUUGUGUAGUUAGUUGCUGCCAGUACGUUUCCUUCUUCCCGGAAGAGUAGGCUUAGCUUAAAAUAAAAAUCAUUUUACAAAUAAUAUCCAUUGAAAUGUGAUGGAACAAAAACAUUACAAGCCAUUUGGCUUGAGUUUUAUGUUAUUUUAUUACAAAAAUCACAUAACGACUAUCACCAUUGCUUUAA